UGGUAAGGAGAGGAUCGUGAAGGAGCUAGUUAACAUGGGGAACCAGCGGUUGCUGAAGAUGCAGGACAAAAGGGGAUACACUGCGCUUGCUCUUGUUGCUGAGUUAACGGACAACGUAGCUAUGGCGGAGAGGAUGGUUGUUAAAGGAGGAGAGGAGUUGCUAACCAUAAGGACCAAGCAAGACGAUGAUGAAUAUGUUGGUGGUUACAUCAACGACUACCAGAAUGGUGAGAUUCCGGUUCUCAUUGCUUCCAAGAAGGGUCACAAAGAAAUGACCACGUACCUGUUCUCUAAGACUCCUCCUCCUGUUUUCUUUGAGAAGGGAGGCCGUUAUGGAAUUAUGCUUCUUACGCGAUGCAUCUAUGCAGAAAUAUUCGAUGUUGCUGCCUCAUUGAUCCAACACAGGCUUAGUGGAGAAUUGCGAAUUGAUCCUGAAUCAGAAUCAGUGGACCUACGGCCCAUAUAUGCACUAGCUCACAUGCCUUCUGCAUUUCGUAGUGGAAGCCAGCUUGGAUUAUGGCAGAGAUUUAUUUAUCACUGUCUGAGGCUGAAGACACUCCUAAAGCUUUCUAAUAAAAGUAUGGAGAUUAUAUUACAUGUUGAUCCGGACGACACAAAGGCAAAUAUCUUGGCUAAUCUUAUUGCAACUUCUCCUUUAGACAAAAUCUCUAGUGGACUUCGAAAACUUCCGGGGGGUGAGAAAAUAUAUGAGAUGAAAAAGAACCAUCAUGUAGCAUGUGAGAUUCUGAAAUGGUUGAGCAAAAAAAUAUCGGAAUUAGACGAAACCAAGCUACAUAAGUGCUUAGCUUACGACUCCAUGUUGCACGCAGCAAAGUAUGGACUUGUUGAGUUCAUAGAUUCAAUGAGGCAUGCAAAUCCUGACCUUCUGUGGGCCAUGGACAAAAAUGAAAGAGGCAUAUUUUCACAUGCAAUUGCGUAUCGUCAUGACACAGUUUUCAGAUUCAUUCAUGAGAUCGAGGGGCGUAAAGAGAUGAUUGCAUCCCGUGAAGACGUCUUCGAUAAUAACAUUUUGCAUCUUGCAGCUGAACUAGGACCUUCCUCUUACCUUGGCAAAUUUCCCAAUUCAGCAUUGCAAAUGCAAAAAGAACUUCAAUGGUUUAAGGUCCUCUCUCUGACUCUUAAGUGUGUCUAUGCACUCACAUUCAUUUAAUAGCUGUUUGGUUUCAUUUUCAAUGAUUUUUAUUUUUGUAUAAAAAAAGAAAAAUAAUGGAAAAACAAAAAUAACCUUUUCACAUUUUUAUUGAAAUUUAUAUUACUGAUUUUAAAUGGUGAAAAUUUAAGUAUAAAACAAAAGAGAAUUAGAGAUUUAUAUAUACAGUGGUGACUAUUUGUAUAAAAAUGUCUUCGUAUAUUAAACAGUUUAGUUAAAUAUAUCAAAUUAUUUAACAAUUUUUAAUAAUUAUUCUCACAUGAAAACAUCUAGUCAUCAUUUGUAGGCUAUUAUGACUUGUUCAUCAAGUAAUGAUGUUAAAUAACAAUAAUAGCUUGCUGCUACUGGCUAUAACUGUUUCCAACUAUUUCAAACAAUCUCUAAUAAUUUCUAUUAACCUUUAACUACUUUAUCAGUUUUCUUAUCACUUGAACUCUUACUACUCAUCUUCUUAUGAGUUAUUCCCAUUUUUCAUCUAUAUAUAAAAAAUCAAUUAUCACAAUUUAUCUUUUCAUCUAUAUAA